UUGUCAGUGUGAUUUUAAGAUUUUUUUCUUGUAAAACUGUUAUUCGCACUCUACAUGAUUAUUGUACAUUGUGCCAUUGGUGGUCUGUAUGAAGUGAGGAUGUAUAACAGUUUUCCAGAGUGCUUCUUACGGCUGGCAGUGGUACCAGUAUCCAAUCAGCAUCUAGGACGAGUAGUGACGUCAUCACCUUCCAGCCAGGGGCCGGAUUUGCUAAACUCUCUCGUAAACGCCUCUCUCGUAUCAGUUACGGGAAGUAUCAACGAUUUCUCAGCUAGCGACGUUACUACCCAUUUUCAAACACUAUACAACGAGAGCUGUACGUCCUCCACGGUCCCCUACAUAUCCUUUCGCCCCCCACCCCCUUACGAGAUGAAGGGCGGCCCCCACCCUUGCUCCACGGAGAAGGAUGUAGCCUCGUACGCCUCCUGGACCGCCCAAAAUCCCCGAAUUUACCUUCGGGGGUGA